CACUGUAAGCAAGGGAGCCCCGGCAUUCAUGGCCACCUACGGCCCGAGGGAGCUGGCCGAGGAGGUGGGAGCUGUGACAGGCUUGGGUGCGGAGAAGACGCGACGGCUGUGGUCCGCCGUCGGCCGCCUCGCGGACGGCACGCUCGCCGCGGGCAAAGGCCUGUCCAUACCGGGACUCGGGAGGUGGACUUACUUGAGAACCUCCAACGUCCACGAGGAAUUUGGGAUUAGGAAACCCUUGUUUACGGCGGACCCCCAGUUCUUGCGAAUCAACGGCCUCGCGCCGAACGAGCCGCCCCGGUCGCAGCUCGUCGCGCCUUGUGCUGCGUUGAAUUGUUUUGCCGCGGCGGCGAACGCCGGUUUGUCGAAGGACGAGGCCAAGGCUACUGUCGCUGCUGUGGCUAGAUAUGUAGGAGCGGCGGCAGCUUUAGGGCGGAAGGUGCGCCUGCCCAUCGGAUCUAUAGGGGAACUGCGCUGCGAUGCUCGGGUGGUCCGCUUCGUGUAUGGGGCACGGGCGCCUCAACCUACACAAGUCUCCAAAGCACCUAUUGAAGUAGCACCAUCGACGGCGCGACUCUCGACGGGCCGCUCGGACCACCUCUCGACCGUCCGGUCGGCUCGGUCGACCGCGCGCUCACAGCCGGCGACGGCGCGGUCCCAGCCGCCGGCGACGGCGCGCUCCACCGCCCGCAGCCGCGCGGCGGUGACGGCGCGGUCGGCCCUCGCCUCGUCUCGGUUGAGUGCGCGCCAGAAAGGGAGCUAUGAAGAUUUGACGCCGGGCCGCAAACCCGAACCGAGACAAGUAUUAGGAAUACUCGAUCAGCUAUUAGCACCAAUGGGCCGCGACGACGCUAUUAAACCUUUACUAAAGACCGCGAGGCGCCAGAACGUCGCCCAGCAGUACGACGCCUACGAGCGCGCUCUCCAGAACGCCCACAAAAAAACCGAGUAUGAAGAGCGGGAAAUGGUUCGGGUGAGAGACGAGGACCGAAGGAGGCAGGCCGCGCGUAUGGCCGCCCAUCAUACGUUAGAGUUGGAAAAUGCCCAAAACGUGCUCUUGCAAGCCGACGAGGCCCGCGCCAGAAAGGCCCUGGAUCGCGUGUCAGAACCCUGGACCAUGGCGGAAGCCACCAAAGCGUUUCCGUUCCUGAACUACGUGCCGGACCACAUUGGGAAGCGGAAGAAGGCUGCUGAGUAUGACAAGGAACUGAGUGGGCAGGUGAGAGCAGCAGAGGAGCAUCAGAGAAAGGCCAAGGCCCACGAACGCGCGGCCGACGCUCGAGCGUUGGCCACGUCCAUGGCUUUGGUUGCCCGCGACCGGGAAGCGCGGCGGUUGAUCCACGAGGCCGCGCACGGUGAGCUCGCCGCGGAUUGGCGCCGGUCCAUGGAUUUGACCGAGUUGAAAAAGGGCGUGACGAAGAAUGGCAGUCUGAUCCAGGGGCACUAACUAAGUAUUUGCCCU